CGCACUAGACAGAGGUUCCCGGGAGUUAGUUCUGCAACGUUUACUCGAAUGAUUGGACGGUGGAUGUCGCGGGUGUGUGUUCAGUAGGCAUCGUUUAUCUUGUCCCGUAGGAAGAGUUGAACGGAUUCAUACGCCAGGAAAGCCAAGUGUCGCGAGUGUUUGUGUGAAAGGUUUAUUUUGGUGUGGUUAAUUAACAGUGAAAUCCAUCCAUUUCGACCAAUUUGAUACUAAUCGAUGGUGAAGCUCAAGUGUUGAUCAUCCAUUGCAAGCAAUGUCGGUGUGCCCUACGUCACCCAGGUUGAUCCUGGACAUUAGCAACAACCAGCAGUUUGAAAAUCUGCAGAAUAUUCAGACCGGUGUUAGUGGAAAGCUCGAACAGUCACCGAAAAUGAUCAAGGUGGAGUCGUUUGAUCAUCUGGAUAGUUCCGGUAUGGGUAAUCAUCUUCCACAUCACCAACAUCCACAUCAACAUCAACAACAGCAGCAUCAUCAACAUCAUCAGCAGAUGGGGCAACAGCCUCAUCAUCCACAUCUGAUGCAGCCGGCGCCAGACUUUACAACUCUAGUAUCUUCUCAGUCGAGCGUUCCAUCUACCAUCUACGUCUAUCAACCGUCAUCGAUUGUAGCGACUCACGUCGUUCCGGUGGUUGAUUCUUUGAACGUUCCUAGAAGCGACAGUCUGACGCCCCAGUCUGUGAAUGCCCCGGUAGUUUGUAAGAAGCGGAAACUUGACGCUGACUACGAUUAUGAAUUCGAUCAAUCAUCGCUCAGUCCUACAAGUCACGACAAACGGCCACGCUAUGACGGCAACGGAUACAGUUACUCUUCCGGAGAUUACCUGCAUGCUACCAGCUAUGUAGUCAUACCGGAACUGGCAAAUUUGGAUGACGAUCCAUCGUCCACAAAAAUGCUCCACAACGGACAAGUGCCUUACUCGGAUCCAUCCCAGUAUGGAAUCUACUAUCACACGGAUACACCUUGCAGCAUGGAAAAUGACGCUUCUUCCCUUUCGGUUUCUUCCAGUCCCAAUAAGCCUGACGAUACGAUCUACCUCCCGAAUCCACCAUCCUCCUGCCUGAUUACCAGUACCAUUCAGUCCGUGUCCACCCCACCCUCUUGCAGUAAUUCCUCGCCCAGCUCGUCUGUGACAGCUUCCACCAACAGCUGCUCCCAUUCGGAGGUAACUCCUAGCGAGCAGAAAACGCACAUACCGAAGGGAUCCCCCGGGGGUGGCCCCGACGGAACAAAAAAAUCCCGCAGCAAUCGAAUUCGCAAACGACACAUCCGCGAGUCGAUCAGCUAUGAGGAACUACAAACCCAACGGGUGAUGGCAAAUGUUCGCGAGCGCCAGCGGACUCAGAGUCUGAACGAGGCGUUCGCAUCACUGAGAAAAAUCAUUCCAACGCUGCCCAGCGAUAAACUGAGCAAAAUUCAAACCCUGAAACUGGCCUCCAGAUAUAUCGACUUCCUCUAUCGGGUUCUAUCGAACAACGAACUUCCGCUGCUGGAGGAAACGCAAAAAAAUCUGGUCAACUCGGGUGCCGCCAGCAGUGGGCUGCAAUUCAGCGGCAGUGGCAUCCUGGCACACGAGAAGCUCAGCUACCUGUUCAGCGUGUGGCGCAUGGAAGGCGACUGGAGUAACGGAAGCAGCAGUGGUGGAAGCAGCAGCGGCAAGGAAUAACGUUGUCCUAUUGCACAAGAAAAACAAGAAGAGAAAAAAAAGUAUUAUCUAGUGCUGUAAGGUACCGCUCCUAAGUGACUACAGGGGUGUUCGAACACUCCCUAAAUUUGCACAAGGGGCAGCUUCCUCCAAAGAAACGCGGAUCAAGUGUUAGAAAUUUCUCCUAAGAAAUGCAAAACUAUUCCAAAAACUCAUAAUAGGCUAAGAGAUAUUCUAAGUGCUAUAAGCCGAUAAUAUGAACCAUUUCGUAUAUGUGUUAAGUGUUGUUAUAAACUACAAAUACUGAGAGAGAAAUCAAAACUCGGUCUGUUUUGGCAAGGUCAAAACUGAAUCGUUGCUUUUCAUCUACUCUAACCCAAAUGUGGUUCCGUAUACUUACUUUAGAUGCUACUCUAACGUUCAACUAUACAAAACUCCAUUCGUAAGCAUUUCCAUUUUAUUGCCUAUCUAUUUUGCUUGUCUUUUUUUUUCCGUUACGCUAUGUUAAAUCUAUGUAUAUGAAUUGUAUGAUCAGUCUAGAAACUGAAACUUUUCUAGCGUGCCAUAGUAACCAUGGAAAUAAUCCAAAGAAGAUCGAUAUCAAUAAAACAAAAUAUUGUGUUGUAGCCAGCCAUA